CACGUUCUUGCCUUGUGCUUGUCAUGACCGAUUAGUGACGGGUCGCAAGACAAUGUUAUCAGAACUACCCAUCGACAUCCUCCACGAUGUUCUGGCAUGCGCGGACGGACGGUCAAUAAUACGAUGCUGCUCGGUCUGUCGCGCAUGGAAGGCGCUGAUCGAGUCCUCGGUGGAGCUCACGUAUCUCGUCGAGCUGUUCGCGGACGGGCUGGUGUCUUGUCCCUCAGCGGAUUCGAUGGCGCAGCGGCGGCCCUAUGAGAGACUGGAGCAGCUGCGCCGCUAUCGCCGCGCGUGGCAGUCUCUCACCUGCACCUCGUGCACGCGGUUCUCGAUCUCGGGGCACGCGCGGGCGUACGAUCUCGUGGACGGCGUCUACGCGCAGCACGACACGUGGCCGCUCACUGACUUCACGACGAUCGCGCUCCCGACGGCGGAGCGCGAGAGCAGAGCGUCGACGUUCCCCGACGUGGGCGUCCAGUCUCUUGAUUUCGCCAUCGAUCCGACGCAGGAUCUUGUUGUGUUCCUAUGGAGGGGGCAAGACAGUGCCAACUUGGACUGCCGGCUGAUGUCAACUCUUGCGCCCCAUCCUCUUGCGGCCCUCGACACUCUAUCGCUGGGUCUGCGGCAACAGAGUUUCCAGAGGAUCUUUCUCCAGAUAGCAGACGAUGCGGUCGGCCUGCUCUACCGGAUUCAGCCUUUGGCUGAGACCCUGCGGCUGGUCAUAUUCAAUUGGCGGACGGCUGUCCUUCUCGUUGAUCUUAGCGGUCCACAGCUUCCGCGGUUCACCUCGGAUUUUUCGCUCAUAUCCCCCCGCUCGUUUCUCCUGGGCACGAUGACCGAGGUGCGCGAGGGGACCAACGUCCAUCGAGGGGGGAUUGGAGAGAUCCGCAUCUUCUCGUUUCGAGGAGAUUCGCCUGCACAGCCGGAGCACGCGACCACACUGCUUCUUCCCGAAGUGGACGUGAAUCGCUCCCUGGAUCGGAUGGUGAUCCACAGCGGGCCCUAUCUGGCCAAUCCACCGCAGGAUGCGCUGUUCUACAAGCCGAACGAGAAGAGGAUCUGCUCGGUGUCGCUGCUGUAUGACAGGUUUGAAGCUUACACUCUUUACAUCCACCAUCAGUUUCUCGCGGGGUUCCUCCCGCCCGCCGCCCGCCCACCGAUCGCUGUGGUACCCUGGAAGCAGUGGGGCCCGGGAAACUCGCGCAUGAUGAAGGGCCGGCAUAUGCUGUGGCUAAGGUCACCCGCGAACUUGCUCCUCGAGUCCCUGCUCACGGUGCUGCCCAGAUACGUUCACGGCGAACGUGUAGUGUGUCCAGUGGACGCGGUCAGCCCUCGGGUGGUGCAGGUGCUUGACUUUGGCCUGACGCCCAAGCGCUACUGCGACCCGGAGAUGUGCCCCGGCGUCAACACCGAAGUGCACAUCGGAACGAGCGUCAUACCCCGGGUGAACCAUGUGUUCAAGAGCGACGUCGCGACGUCGCUCCCGUUCCGGCGUUCGUUCCGCGAGCUGGACGAGGAGCAUACCCUGUUUAUGAUUGACCAAGACCGGCUCAUCGGGGUCAACGAGUCGGUCGAUACGCUGACCGUAUAUACCUUCUGAGGGGCUUCACGUCCUUGGUGACGAAAUGAGACUUGAGAUUCACUCUGGUCCACCGGUGCCCUCGGCUCUCAGUGCCAGACAGUGAGCUAAAAGUCGACCUGCUUGUCAAGCUCAAACUAGCAUUCAAUCUCGCUUCACGUGGUCCGUGCAGGCAAGAAGAUACCGCAGCGGCCUGUGUCUCCAACACCGUUUUACAGAGGUCAGCGCUGGAAAAUCCCCGCGCAACAGAGUCAGCCACCAAGCCGGUAAUCGGCACGUCGUGUGGGAGCUAAAUGUUUUGCCGCCCAAAACCCGGAGUCAUGGCGAGCAGCCUGCAGUCUAUAUCACGAGUGCAGAGGUCCAGCUUCCUGUCCUGAGCAUCCUUGAUACCUCUCAUUCAAGCAAGCUCAGACACGCUGCUUUCGACUGGCCACUAGGUCCUGUGAGCAUUAGGAGUUCAAUGUCGUAACUGGGGGAGGAGGCGUUGCGGGAAUUGCCGAAGGCCGAUGGGUCGGGCGCUGCUCGGCCGAACCCACAUUUCUGCAUUGACACCAACCGAGUCUAAGCGAGUAGACUGUAGACACAGUCCCUGCUCGGCACUAAACAUCAUAUCAUCGAUCGAGGAGCGGGCUGCGCCGAGUGAUGGUAUGUAUUGUCACCGUAGGCUCGUCCAAAACAUACCGUACCGUAGCGUACAGCACCAGUCUGAGGCUAACAAUCCGGUGGCGUUCCCCCGCUCCCCCCAGGUGGACGUCGGAGGGACGACUGUGUCGGACGAGCCCCAACUGCACCGACCGCCCAUCUUCACUCUGUAAGCCGAUUGUCGGCCAUCGGCGGAGAUGUUAUCUUGUUAGGAGUGGCAGUGACAGCUCAACCUGGUGGCGAUCACUUCCCCACGCGACCGGUGCCAGCCGGAUGGGAUAAAAGUCUCGUCGGGUCAGAAAAACGGCAAGCCUGCAGAUAAGGAGACACUAUCUGGCGGCUACUUAUCUUCUUGGCGCGGAGUCUGCGACAGGCGUCAGAUCCAUAUUAGUGACCCGAUCGCGCACCGGAUCCCACGUCGAACCCCACCUUCCUUGCUUCCUUCCUUCAGCACAAGUUUGCCAUGGCCGACAGUCAGAAGGAAUCGUCGAUUUCGAACGCGAAUAACGGCGGAGGCGGCGGGAUGGCGGCGGACGAGGCGGAACUGGCGCGCAUGGGCUACAAGCAGGAACUCCCGUGCGUCCGUCUUUUACGUGGUCUGCAGCAGCCCCCCGACGGUCGCGUGACACACCUUUUCCAGACGAGAGUUGGGCCUCAUGCAGAACUUUGGGGUCUCGUUCUCCAUCAUUUCUGUCAUCACGGGCAUGUCAUCGCUGUUCUUCUAUGGACUGAAUACUGGCGGUCCGGCUGUGAUGGUUUGGGGAUGGAUAGUCGUCUCUUUCUUCACGAUGAUGGUCGGUCUCGCGAUGGCUGAGGUCUGCAGUGCCCAUCCGACGUCCGGUGGGCCGUACUUUUGGGCGGCCAUGCUUUCAGAGGAGAGCCAAGCACCUUUGGCUUCGUGGAUCACCGGCUGGUUCAAUCUCUUGGGCCAAGUCGCUGUCACGACCGGCAUCAGCUUCGGAUGCGCGAACUUCAUCGCCACUGCGUGCACCUUGAAAACAAGCUUUGUUCCGUCGGCAAACAAGACGAUCGGUAUCUACGCCGCUGUUCUCAUCGCGCAAGGAAUGAUCAACACAUUCGGCGUCGGCUUGUUCCAGAUCCUCAACAACAUCUCUGUCUGGUGGCAUGCCCUCGGCACAUUCUCGCUCGUGGUGGCGAUUCUCGCCAAGGCCCCGACGCAUCAGUCUGCCAAAUUCGUAUUCACGACGUUCAAUGACGGAACGGGCUGGGGCGACCGUGCAAGCCACGCUUACGUCGUUGUGAUCGGGAUGCUGAUGGCUCAGUACACCCUCACAGGCUUCGAUGCCAGUGCGCACAUGACCGAGGAAACCAAGAACGCAGCCAUGUCUGGAAGUAUCGGAAUCAUCAUGGCCAUCGGCGUCUCCGCCGUCCUCGGCUGGUUCCUCCUCCUCGGGCUGCUCUUCUCCAUCCAGGAUCUGGACACGACCUUGGCAAGCCCGACCGGCCAGCCGGUCACCCAGAUUUUCCUGGACACCGUGGGUGAGAACGGUGCAAUCGUUCUAAUGGUGAUUGUGAUCGGUGCCAUGUUCCUCUGUGGGACCUUCUCGAUCACGAGCAACUCGCGCAUGAUGUUCGCAUUCGCUCGGGAUGGCGGCAUUCCCGGACAUCGGUAUCUGAACUACGUCAGCACCAAGUGGCGGUCGCCCAUCCGCACCGUGUGGCUGGCGUGUUUCUUGAGCUUCUGCCUCGCAUUGCCUAGUUUGGGCAGUUCUGUUGCUUUCUCGGCGGCGACUUCGAUUGCGACGAUCGGGCUGUACAUCUCAUAUGGCAUUCCGGUCGCGCUCCGGCUAUGGUAUCGCCACAAGUUCGUGCGCGGGCCGUUCCAUCUCGGGCGGUUCUCUUACCCUGUCGCCGCGAUCGCCGUCUUAUGGAUCGGAUUCAUCUCAAUCGUCUUCAUCCUGCCAGAAGCCAACCCUGUAAACUCGCAGACGGUCAACUACGCCAUCGUCGCGGUCGGCAUCGUGCUGAUCUACAGCGUCGGCUUCUGGCUCGUGAGCGCGCGCAAGUGGUUCACGGGCCCUGUGCAGCAGAUUGCCGCGGAGGAGAUGGGCGUUAAUGUCAUGGAGCCCGGCGAGAUAUCCAAGUUUGAAAAGAGCGAGUCAGAAAAAACUAUGUCUUAGAUAGAGCUUCACUUAUGUUGUAUCCACGGGUUUAUAGAUUGACACACGAUGGAAUAAGACCCCAUGACGGAUC